UUGUCAACGUUGCGAAAGUUGUACCGUUACCUCCGACAUAUGGAGAUUAAUUAGAGUAGAACAGCGAACGGUCGUGCGUUUACGUUUUGCGGUCCCUCAAGUAGUAGCUACAUUUGUGCGGUCGGCCCAAUGAGCGGCUUAGUUAUCAAACAAGGAUACCUUGUCAAGUCUCCGUCCGAUCCACGCAGUUCUGUCAAGAGCUGGCGAAAGCGGUGGGUUGUGCUUUACGAGUCUCACCUUCUCAAAUACUUCAAAGACGAGACGACUUUCGUGAGGAAUGGCAGUCAGAAAGGCGACAUUAAUCUCAACGAUUGCAUUGAGAUCGAUCACAACGUUCAGAUCAGGCGAGCGCGCGAGUACAUGUUUCUCAUCAAAACAAACGCGAGGAAUUACUAUUUUAUUGCGGAGUCGGCGAGCGAGAUGAAAUCUUGGGUGGAUGCAGUGGCUAGGUUAAGCGGUUUGACUCCUUCUUCGCAGCAAGCGGCCGGUCGUGUCUCAUCUGCGCAUACUCUAGGAACGGUAACUGCUACAGAUCAGUUGCCUGACACAAACAGCAGACCACCAACGAAAAGGAGAUCACUGACUGAGCCAAAUGACAGUAGUGGAUACUUCCUUGUUGGUCAAGUGCAACCAGUACAGGAGCAGACAAAUCUUGAUGUAUCACAGCCAGUGUCUGUCCCAUCAGCUAAGCCAGAUUUUUUGUAUCCUCAUGCCGGUCAAUCUUAUGACAGAGUGCCAACUCCAGUUGCUGGUCAAUAUUAUGACAGAGUGCCAACUCCAGGUGCUGGUCAAUCUUAUGACAGAGUGCCAACUCCAGGUGCUGGUCAAUCUUAUGACAGGGUGCCAACUCCAGUUGCUCCAUGGCAGACAGCACCCGGUCGUGAUUACAAGACUUUGGAUUCUACAUCGUUGCAAAGCCAGUCCGGCUGGUCUCGUGACACCUUGACGGCUACUAAUACUCACGAUUCUUCAUACAAUGUUGUCUCUCAUCCUCACGUUGUUCAAGAGCAUACAUCUGCGUCGACGUUGCCAAAGGUGAAUAGACUUGGAGUAUUAAAUGAUCGUUCUCGAUAUGCUAAGCGCUAUGAUCAUCCACCUGGAUCAUCAGCUACCGAAAUCUACUCCGUGCCUCCAUUUGCUGGAAAUGAACUAUACAUGACACCACGUAAGAAUCCUACAAUGACACCACCUGGAGUUAUCCCACCUCACAUAGAUCGAAAUAACAAACCAGGAGGAUCACCACCUGGGCCAGACAUUGAUCGAUCACUGAAACCAGGUAGUCGGCCAGUGCGACCUCUAUCAGCUGACGGUUUGAGAGAAUACGGUGUUUCAGGUACUCGAGAAAGACAAAGAAAAAUUCAAUAUGCACAAAUAGACCUUGUUCAGAGUCCUACUUUGGCAACGGGGCCACAACAGGGAAAAACACAGUACUGCCAGAUUGACUUAAUGGCAACUAUGAGACAUCGUCAUGCAUCUGAUGAUGGCGGUCAACGAUUUCAGUACCAACAUGAAUCACAUCUUGAUGAGUUUGUUGAUGAUGAACGAGGACAUCAUACAGACCCAUACAUCGACAUGCAUGACAUGAUUCCUCCUGAUGUAGGUGGUGUUGAGGAGUACAUACCUAUGAAAAAUGGUGUUCAUGGUGAUUACUAUACAUAUAUGCGAAACCAGGAUUUGGAUCCAAAUGAGCUAUAUCUUGCUGUCGGAAAUGAUGGCAGUUAUUUUCCAGAGGACCCUUAUGGAGUGAUGGUGCCAACUGGACAAAAUGGGAUGCCAUCAAAUCACAUCAAUCCACAGUCAAUUCGAACAUACUACGAAGUUUAGCUGUUUCUCUUCAGUGCGAAAGUGAUGAAGCGAAAGUAUGACUUUCUACCAGUGUACAGACGUUUUCUAUCAGGAUGUAGCAGUUAGUGUUUGGAGAUGUCGAUUAAUUAAAUUGUCACGUGUUGUUAUGUGAGGGUAACUUACUGCCAGGAUUGUUGCAGAUGUUUUCUGCAUUUUUAGUCAGUAGACUGUUAUAUUGUACAGUAUCAGCAGUGACAUUGGCAACUUAAGAAAUUGGCUAUUUACAA